AUGCCUCUGUUCAAUGUUUUGGUUGGGGACAUAUUGAUAUGGUUCGUGUUGACAAUAUCCGCCUUCACCGGAGCCGUCUACUGCGCUCUAAGUCAGUACAGCCGCUACAACUCCGAGCCCGUCGUGGUAUCCAUGCAGAGAGACUACAGGAGCUGGUGGACUGCGUUUCCAGCCGUGACGGCCUGCUACCUUAGCAGGGUGCAUCCGGAUAAAGCUCAACUGAUAAUAGAGAAGCACUGGAACGUGACAGAAGAUUCAGACCCCGGCAAGUACCAAUACUACUACGAUUUCAUUGAACUGGUGGCUGAUGUGUCGUUUAGAGAAAAUCUGCAGAAUUUCUGGAAGUACCAGUCAGACGAGACCGUCAAGGAAUUGGAUCUGCUGCAACUAGCUUUGUUCGUUCACCCGGAGAUUGAAUUAAAUGUUGUUAUGUCCCAAAAACAGGAAGUUAUUUGGCACCCGGUGAUGACCGAAGUUGGAAUGUGUCUGACAUACAAUUCGAAAUACGCCAAAUAUCAACACAUGCUUCACGACAAGGAAUGGGUCCCGAGUGAGCUCCUCAAGUGUCACUAUCUGAGUGGCCAAUGCUACGUCAGGAUCGACUCCGUAGACAAUGGAGUUAGGUAUUUCAUCCAUUCACCUUUCGAAAUUUCGACGGCCAUUUCAAAUCCGACCGGAGAAGUUUCACCCGGGGAAGAACUUAUCAUUGAUUUUAAGAGUUUACAAUACGCAUAUGUCGCGGCCUCAUUGGAGUACAGUUUCAUCGCUGUUAAGAGUCAGGGCGACUGUUAA